AUGGGUGAUUGGAAUUUAUUAGGGAGUAUUUUAGAAGAGGUCCAUAUUCAUUCCACCAUUGUGGGGAAGAUCUGGCUUACCAUCCUCUUCAUUUUCCGCAUGCUUGUCCUCGGUGUUGCGGCUGAGGACGUUUGGGAUGAUGAGCAGAGUGAGUUUGUUUGCAACACAGAGCAACCGGGCUGCAAGAAUGUCUGCUAUGACCAGGCUUUCCCCAUAUCCCUCAUCCGCUACUGGGUGCUGCAGAUCAUAUUUGUAUCAUCUCCGUCUCUGGUCUACAUGGGACAUGCAUUAUACCGGUUGAGGACCCUUGAGAAGGAGAGGCACAGAAAGAAAGCCUGUCUGAAAGCUGAGCUGGAGGGGACAGACCCUGUCCAGGAGGACCAUAAAAGAAUUGAGCGAGAGCUCAGGAAACUAGAUGAACAGAAGAGAGUAAGGAAAGCUCCCCUUAGAGGCUCAUUGCUGCGCACAUAUGUUUUCCAUAUCUUAACCAGAUCUGUGGUGGAGGUGGGUUUCAUUAUAGGUCAGUGUGCUCUGUAUGGCAUUGGACUGUCUCCUCUGUACAAAUGUGAGAGGUUGCCUUGUCCCAACAGUGUUGAUUGUUUUGUAUCAAGACCAACAGAGAAGAACAUUUUCAUGGUUUUCAUGCUGGUUAUUGCUGGAGUUUCUUUAUUCCUCAACCUGCUGGAGAUUUUCCAUCUGGGGGUGAAGAAGAUUAAACAAAGCCUGUAUGGAUACAAAUAUGGAGACGAUGACAGCGUGUGCAGGUCAAAGAAAAACUCCAUGGUGCAGCAGGUUUGUGUGCUCACUAACUCCUCCCCACAGAGGUUGAUCCAGCUUACACAGAGGACCUGCUCUGUUGUGCCUGAUGCUAAUAGGGAGCCACUGCCUUUGAACUGGGCUCCAAUUGCCCAUCAGAAUAGGGAGGGGUCCAUCAGCUACUACCAACAGCCCACACAAACACACUUGCCCAGCCAAGCUGACAACCAGGGUCUUCAGCACACGGGGGUCCCGGAGCGGCGGAAUAUGCUGGACAACAGGAAGCCCUCAUGCAGCAGCGAUGAGUCCAAUGAAGCUCAUGUCUCGGGCCGGCCCCAGUACCCAGGACCUCGACCCACACUGAUGGCCGGCCACAUGGAGAUCCCAGCUGCCCUGAGGAACCCGCAGAGGAAGCAGAGCAGAGUGAGUGUUUGUAAGGAGCUCAGUGACAUGAGUGAUUCUCCAGAGAGUGACCAUUACCCCACAGCCAGAAAGUGUAGUUUUAUGUCCCGAGGGCUGUCGGAGGGCAAGCUGGCCACUCCGUCUGACAGCACCGAUUCUCAGAGUGGAACCGACGGCGAGGCCCAGCACCUCAACCAGCGAGAGAGUCCAGCAGUGACCCCGCCGCCUCCAGCAAGCGGCAGGAGGAUGUCAAUGAGUAUGAUUCUGGAGCUGUCUUCAAUCAUGAAAAAAUAAUUGAAAAUGAUGUUCUGUGACCAAGCUAGAAGCAUAUGGGAGUUCAAAAGGGACCAUGGGAGCCUGACCACAAUGGGACUUUCAUCCUGUCAUCCUAACUAUAACUUUAUGUGUUCACCGUAUGUUUAUACAGUAUGUAUUUGGCAUGAACUAGAGCUUCACUUCAAAUAUGUUAACGUUUCACAGACAAAAGACAUUUAAUGAUUUGCUUAAUGUACUUUUCAAAUGAUAUCUCCAGCAUCAGAUAUCUUCUAUAAUGAUAGUUUGCAAGCCACUUGCUAAAUAAAAUAUGAAUCCAAAUUAUAUUUGGGUGAAAGCAUAUGUGACUGCUCAUUUAAUGAGAAUAAAAGCCUGUUGAAAAGACUUUUGACUGAAGAUUGUAAUUAAAGAUUGUGG